UGAAAUAAUGUUUUUAUAUUAUUCUUUUCAUUCAUUUUGUACUAUAAAUAUAUAUAUAUUUUUCGCUGUACUAGAUGACCCUCUUGUUUUCUUUCGAUCAAGAAGCCAUGGAGAAGCGCAGGCCCAGCGAGGCGAAGUCUUUUGGCCAUGAUUUCCAAGAGGUGAGCAGCAUCGAGUGGGAAUUCGUCGACAUGUCAGAGGAGGAGGAAGACCUUGUUCACAGGAUGUAUAGACUUGUCGGAGACAGGUGGGUAUUGAUAGCUGGUCGAAUUCCUGGCCGAACACCAGAGGCGAUCGAACGGUUCUGGAAAAUGAAUUAUGAUCCUUGUUUUGCUGAAAGAAGGCUGAAGAGGAGGAGGAAUUAGAGAACGUGCAUGAAGUUUAUGCUCUGCUCAGAUGUCCUGCAGUACUCGACUCUUGAUAUAUUAAUCUGUACCUUGUACUCGUUAUCAGUGAUUAAAUUUACUUGUAUUUCUUCA